AAUGUUCACUGUGAGAACUUUUCAUCACCGCAAGGUGAUGUUGUAUUUAUUUUAUCUACUCGUUAUAUGUAUUAUGAUUUAUGUUUUCAUAUCUUUGGGAGCACAAAAAAACAUGUUGCCUGCUGUUUUACUUCCUCAAGGACCUGCAAAAACAAACAUCAACAAAGAUAUCGAGAAGAGUGAAUCACUUCUAGAUGAAGAGCCCCCUGAUGUACAGGAGAUCCAGAAAAAUAUUGCUGAUGACCAAGACCCAAUCAAAACAUAUAAGGGACGAGUGAACAUGCACGUUUUUGAUGACUGCUGCGGUGGAUCUCUUGAUCAACUUAAGAAUAACCUGCUAUAUCCGCUAUUUCCCAAUGUGCGUACUACAGUAAGCAGGCUUGCUGUGUCCCCUCAAUGGAGUAAUUACGGUCUGAGAAUCUUUGGCUACCUCCAUCCUGAAGUAACUGAUGAAUAUAUUUUUGCUGUUUCCUCUGAUGAUAACUCAGAGUUCUGGCUCAGUUUAAAUGAAAGUCCAGAAAACCUUCAACGCCUUGUCUAUGUUGGUGAGACAGGAAAUGAAUGGACUGCUCCAGGCGAGUAUUGGAAAUUUGCAUCCCAGAUAUCCAAACCUGUCUUGAUGGUGAAAGACAUGAAAUAUUUUUUUGAAAUCCUUUUCAAACAGAACAGCGGAAUGGAUCAUCUGGAAAUAGCUUGGAGUUUGAACCGUGACAAUGGCUUUUUUUCUGUGAUAACCUCUGAGUUUCUGUCAUUAUAUGAAGAUGAAUCUUCUCUACAAAUGGGAGAUAUUGAUCACAUACCCCAAACGAAAGCGAGUUAUGAUAGGCUCCUUCAGCCGAUUCCCAUGUCACCCCAUCCUGCAGGAGACAUGAUCAGAGAAGACCCACGGGAUCACAUCUAUAAAUACAAAAUGCUAGAUGAGUCCAACCUGAAAGAUUUGUUUCCCAAAUGCCAUUACAGUCCAAGUUAUAUACUCAAAGAACAAAUUGGACGAUAUGAGGGUGUAUAUUUGGUUAAGUUUUCUUCAGUGUACCCAAAUGACUACACAAGACAAACCAAUGCAAACAAUGAUGAGAUGUGCUUCUACAAACAAGAUCCAUCAUUUCAAGCAGAUAAAGGACUUGCUUCUUAUCUGACUGAGGUUGAAGAUCCUGAUGUAAAAACGAUAAAUACAGGUGAAGGUCCUUUCUGGCAGCGCGUCUAUGAUGUGAAACCCCUCAAUGUGGCUUCAAAGCAAACUGCCGUUGUGGCAGAUUCCUGCAGAACAACUGGAAACAUUGUGAUGUCCCAAAGUCAUGCCAUGCCCAUCGUUAGAGCUUUUUUAAAAGCACUGCAUUCAAGAGAAGAGACACGUGGAUACUCCCUGCUGCGUGUGAUGAAUAUUGUAAGGCGUGAAGACCAUGACGUGGGCAGCCGUUAUCUGGUGGAACUUGAACUUGUGGGCCCACAGGGUCAGAAAGUUCUUGUUUCGCGUUAUGUUUAUGCACUAUCUGAGGAUUCAAGGAAGCUAACAGUUCUCUGCAGUCCAGAAGCAUUCAGCUGGAACCCAUCUGCUGCUGUUCAUAUUAUUGUGGCAGUGAAAGAUCAGGCCAGAUGGAUCAUACAGUUUAUCAGGGAAAUGGAAAAAGUGUACAGAGCCACUGGGGACAAAAACUUUAAUAUAAUAAUUAUAGACUACAGCAGCUCUGAUAUAGAUAUUGAGAAAAGACUCAAAAAAGCAGCAUUACCCAGUUACAAAUUUAAGAAGAUGGAUGGUAAUUUUCAAAGAUCAGGUGGCCUUCAGGCUGGAAUAGAUCUUGUUGAAGAUGAACACAGUAUUUUGUUCCUGUGUGACCUGCACCUCUACUAUCCUGUGAAUAUAAUAAACAGUAUACGAAAACAUUGUGUCGAGGGAAAGAUGGUCUAUGCUCCAGUUGUGAUGAGACUGGAUUGUGGUGCUUCCCCAAGAGCCCCAGCUGGGCUCUGGGAGGUUGCUGGUUAUGGUCUGAUGGGAAUCUACAAGUCAGACAUGGCCCGUAUUGGAGGCAUGAAUAUGAGAGAAUUCAAAGACAAAUGGGGGGGUGAAGACUGGGAGUUAUUAGACAGAGUCUUAGGAAAUGGGUUAGAGGUGGAACGACUGCACCUCAGGAAUUUUUUUCACCAAUUUCAUUCCAAACGUGGGAUGUGGGAAAACAGUCAUCAAAGCUAAUCAAAUGUUAAAUGCUAAAUCACAUUUUUUUCUUUAAUAUACUUUAAGGUAUACUUUGUGUGUAUGUUUUUUUUUUUUUUUUUUCAAACCAGAGUACAAACCUUGCCUCCACAGUCAGUCAUACAACUCAAUCAAGCAGUCAUGCUACCAACACUAUACUUAGGGUGUAAAUUAAGGCCAGAGGUUAGGAUUUGAUCCAGAGUUGUGUAGACAAUCAGCCCUGUGACUGAUAUGUUUUGAAAUCUAGAACUGGUUGCAGGGUGGAGUUUCACUGGUGUAGUGCAUGUGUGUGUGUGUGUGGGGGGGGGGGGUCAUUAGCACUGAUGGCAGCCUUUACUAACAGAAUUAUUUUUGGCCUUUCAAUGAAGUUGUUGUAAAUUCAUAUAAAUGUAAGCCUAAUACUCUAAGAAGAUAAUAAUAUACACAUCUGAAGGUUAUUUUGUUUCCCUUGUUAGCAAUUAUUUUUUUCAGCUUCAACAUAGUUACAGUAUAGUUCUUUACACACAAAACUGGUUCUGCUUAGCAAAUGACCUUGGCCACAGUGUUGUAACCAAGUGUUGAUUUAAAAAAGAAAAGUAAAGUAAAGAAAAGAAAAGAAACCUACUAUUCUCAAAAAAUGACUGUAAUAAAUAUGAAAUAAUAAAAUAACAAAA